AUGAGCACCACAACGCCCGCGCGGCAGCGUCAUGCUACCGCGAGUACCAGCGCCAGUGGAACGAGCAACACGACAUCGCCGCUGCGCUCUACAUUCGCCGUCACGAGACCUUUUGACUUUGGUGGGAGCGGCGUAAAUCGACCUCAGCUCAGUCGAGAGUCAAGUUUUACGCCGGACACGCAGAGGCGCAUGAAGCGACAUGAUGAGUCGUAUCACGAUGACAGAAACAAGAUCAGCAGACAUAGGAGAGCAACGUCGAGCAUUGCGCAGCUUUCCACAUUCCUUCACCGCUUGGCCGGCGACCAAACGCCCCACGUAGAGGGUCUGACUCUGCCGCCGGUCUCGACGUGGUCCGAGAGGAAACAGUAUGAGGAGAUAUAUCGCUUUCCGGCGCCACAAGCCAACAUUCUCUCGAGCCGAGCGCCUACUCGAAGGCGUACUUGCGUCGCCGCCACUCGUUUCAUCAUAGGCGCAAUCGCGCUAGGCUUGCUGAUCCUCGGCGCAGCCGGGGAACCUCGACGUGCACACAUAAGGCAUCAUCUGGGGGAGCUCAUGAUGAGUAACCCUCUCUAUGUCGGCUUCACCGCCAUCAACUCACCCGUACCUAUACCCGCGCCACAAGACGCCGCACAAGUCGUGCUCCAAUCAUCUUCUCGAGGGCGAAAGUGUGCUCACUCUCUUGCUCGCUCACGAGAGACUCUUGUGCUUUCCGCAAAAGGACGUCAAUGUAUCGACAUACCCUCUGCAUUGCCGCACCUCUGGCGAGUCCAAUUCUGCUACGUACCAGACACGCCCGAUGGCGGGCAUUGCAACACAGGCAAUUUCUUAAUCUCAGCUGUCUCGCAAGAUCUCGGCGGAUGGGAAAAGACGGCCUUGUUCCAGCAAAGCGGGCCAGGGGUACUUACAGAUACGAAUAGCAAAGCUCGUACUCAACGGGCACUGAACCCGUCUCGAUGUAGCGUCAAACCGGACGCUAGCCUAGUCCAUGCAAGCGAUCAACUCGUCGCACAGCAUUACGGACCGGACGCUUUCGAGAUCGUCAUUGAUGGUGCUGAACGAGUAGUCCUCACGCGACCACAUUACUUGGGCCAAUGCCGCUACGAAUACUCGCUGACCGAGACUGGCCUGAGCAAUGCUGGCGCGCUCACAAUCAAAGAUAUUAGAUGGCAGUACACUGAUCACAUGGCGUUUUUAUCUACGGCAAAGCCCACAUUUGCUCUAUACAACAGCUCAUUGCUAGACGGGCCUUAUCCGCUGCCGAAAGAGCUAUGCGCGCGCUCAUGCACGUCUGAGCGCGUCUCCGUGUCACCACGAGGCAACUUCAAGUCGCCAGAUCUGCCGCUAUGCAAAAGAGGCAGCGACAUAGAAGGCACCUAUUUGCCGACGACAGGCGGCGGCCCAACCUAUGCAUGGCGACCUCGGACAUGUCGCCUCGAUCCCGCUACUGAUCAGCUAAAUCUCAAGCGCUCGCGAUGCUUGCGGCCUGGUGCGCUGUCCACUACGCAACCUGGCCGGAGGCGUAUCGCCUUUAUUGGCGAUUCCCAUGCCCGCUACAUCUACGAUGGACUUGUCGCAAGACUGAAUGGUUCGGAGCCCGUCUACGUCAAAGGCAGCGUGAAGAAAUUCAUUGCCGAGAGACUUCAGAUCGACUUUUUCUUCGAGCCAGAGCUUGCCUCUUUCUUGUUGCGCAAGAGGCCAGAUGACGACAAAUAUCAUCACAUCGUUUUGAGCGUUGGCGCGCACCAAUCUGGCAAUCCGAAUGCCGACAUCCGUCUUGAGACUUCGCAAUGGAUCAACUUUAUCAAUUCGACCCUACGUGAUCGUAUCGAGCGCAGCCCUUCUCACCAAUCUUUCAUCCUGCUCACGCCGCCUGCUGCACGACGCGUCAUACCCAAAGGCAUCAUGCAAGAGUUCUGGCGGACUGACCCCCGCAUGCAACAUUGGUCAGCCUUAGCCAGCGACUUGCUUCGCAAUACCCGAAUUACCACGAUUGAUGGCUUCAAGCUAUCUGCACCCUUUGUGCGCGACACACACGAUGCAGUUCAUUAUGCAGGCACGCCUGUGCUGCGCGCCAUGGAAGAUCAGAUCUUGCAUCACCUUGGCAUCUGCGCCGAGCAGCAAGCCGAGGACCGUUUCCGCCGUCUUGUCAAGCACGAGCGGAGACGACACAUGUACUGA